AUGGCUUCCGAAACCCCUUCUACCAGCUCUAUCAGGGUGGCCAAAGUACCAGUGAGCUACAAAAUUGACCAAAAGAGUCCUGGUGGUUAUGACGACGAGAAAGCAAUCGAUCAUGCAGAUACUUCUUCCAAAGAGAGUUGGAAAGAUCCUUUCAUCAACAUAUACAGACUUUGCUCAUGCUUCACUUUAUUCAUGUCCGGGACUUUGUUCCUUUCUUCCUACGGUGUAGGUUCACCUCUCUCGAUCAAUCCACCCGAGUACAUGAAGCUAAAACAGAAACCAACAACUUAGGUCCUAAUCCCAGAGGUAAACAGUUCGCUUCACGGCUGCUUCGGGGCUAAACGAGAAACCCGCAGUUCGAAAGAGAUUACAAUAUAUCGCAUACCACAGUCUCCCUGGUGUUUGCCGGUCUCUUCGGCGGUGCUAUCGUAGCAGCCAUCACAACCUACAAAAGCCACAUGUUGCUCGGUCGUGUUGGUGCUGGCUUUCUAGGGUGCCUAGGAAUAGGGCUAGGAUCUACAAUUGUAGCCCUGCACCCGCCAUGGCCAGCCGUGCCGGCCGCGAUGUGUCUAGUAACAUAUGGUAUGACCGCGCUUGACCCGACCGCUGUUGCCUGGAUUGGAGGUCUCCACCAUUCCAGGGAGUUGAUGGGCGUCCUUCAGGGCUGCUUUGGUAUUGGGUCUACGAUUGCUCCAUUGAUUGCCAAUGCGAUAGUUCAGCACGGAAUCCCGUACUAUAAAUAUUAUUAUAUCCCUGUUUGUCCCCAUAGCCCCGUCAUAAAUCGUUGCUAAUCGGGAGAAGUUGGGACUCUCGAUUACUGGGAGUACUGGAUUCGUGGUCUCCUUCUGGGGUGAGGACGGUGCGAAGUAUGCUCGAGAAACCGGCAGCUCUGAGCAUUCGGGCGCGGCCCAUGCAAAAGGGAUUCUGAGGAACAAGGUAUUUUUUUUCUUUUUUCCCCUCCGGUUAUCCUACCAGGAUAUCGUUGUUGACGAGAUCAGGUUUCUUGGAUUCUGGGAUUGUUCCUGCUGGCCAAUUGGGGUGUUGAAAGUACGUACAAUGUACACACACCACCAAACUAACCAUAAACCCAAGUUAACCAUUAUAAAAAGCGGUGAUUGGCAGUUGGAUGGUGAGUACCUAGCCUCAGAAAUCUUAAAUCCCUUGCUAACUGUGUAGUUCACCUAUCUCACCGAAGCGCACGGGGGCUCUUUUUCCCAUGCUAGUCUCGUCAGUUCAAUGUACUGGCUCUCCUUCACCCUUGGUCGCUUCUUUCUAGUAUGGGUUGACGGAUUGAUUCCUCCUAAACGGCGAGGGAAAGGCCCUGUGUCGCUCUUAAUCUGCUUAUCGAUAGGGUUGGUGCUCAUGUGCUGGCUUCUCCCAACAUUCGCCGGAGUUUCCAUCGUGUGAGUUCUACCAAAAUCCCCAAGCUAAAGAAAUAUUAACAAUGGGCAGCAUUUGUCUGCAAGGUUUCUUCUGCGGGCCAUUGUGCCCUUUGGUAACCCAAACCCCGGCUUCCUAGGUUCGCGGAGAAUUAGCUGACAAAAUUAGCUUCUAAAAAUGCUGACCACACUUCUACCGCCCCACCUGCACGUCUCUGCCAUUGGGCUCUGCAGUGUGCUCGGUUCCUUUGGAAGUGGCAUCUUUCCAAUUGCCGCAGGUGCGAUUGCCGAACACAGAGGGUAUCCACUCCUCCCCCGUCUGUUGACUGUAGACUUUCUUUCUCACAGAUUGGCAGAAUUUCUAAGAUCCACCCCCUUAUAUUCUCGGUAUACAUCGUAGAAUUGUUGAUCUGGCUCUGCCUCCCAGCGCCGCCGUUGGAGACAAUUAUUUCGGACGUACAAUCAAAGAAAUAAAUCACCGAGCGAUUUUCCUAAUAAUAAUAAAAAAGCAAAAGCCAAAAAAAAAACUUAACUUACGAGUUGGGUUGGGGUCUGCGUCCCAUUGGGGCCAUUCGGGAAAUGGGUAUUAUCUCGGGAAAUGGUUUCGCCUUGCAUCCUCAAAUUUACUCUGAUUCCGUUUUAUUCCUAUAGCGAUGAUAGAAGAGUUACCGGCACCGAUAAGCGUGACAAUUAUUUACUGCAAUAUGGAAUCGGGAUCGCGAACUGGGGUAUUAUAGCUUGACCGCAAAAAAGAGACCUUGAAUUUCCAUGCCGUACAUACCCCAUUAGGGAGUAUCUCUUUCGUGAGAGAAAUGAAGAUAAAGCCAAUACGUAUCCGUUUGUGAUCUAAAAGGCGGAUGACCCCAGGAGAAACUCCCCGCUUUCCCCACUCUGUCGGAGCUCAGCACGCUGGUAGAAGAGAGUAGCACUGAAUAAAAAAGUCUGGGUUUCAUAUUCGUUUUGCCAAAUCUUUCUCAAAGACAGACCCGAUAUAUUCGAGGCAUAUGAUAGACAAAAGACCGGAGGAGCAAACCAUAACGGUAUAUCGGAGUGAGAGCAUCAGGCGUCACACUAGCUAAACGGCACCCGAUAUAUAGUAGUAGCACUUCCAGCCUCGGACGGUUUCUCCUCGGUAUGUACCAACACAUCCGAGACUCGGACUCCCUCCAACAUUUGAGAUUCCACUUGCUACGGAUACGCUCUAAUACCGCCCCACCAGCUCCGCAGACCCCAUUCCCAGGUUUCCUCCCGCAGAGUGAUUACACUGGCACUCAGCGCGGGCGGGGAUUUCAUAGUGUGUGGGUGCAUGGGCCUCUAAAUUGAAUAUUCAGCGGCCCAGCCAUCUUCCCAACGGCAUAUCGUGACGGUUCGGUACUCCCUGAGAAAAUGCCAAGUUCACCCCCAGCAUUUUGAAAGGGAGAUCACGAACAACUUGACACCAUGCAAAUGCCAAAAAAAAAACCCCCACCCAGAAAUAUGGUAGACCUCACUAAGUCUACCCAGGCUAGAUAGGGGGUUUUCUCCCGACGGGAAUUCCCUCCUCGCCGCCUUCCAUUUGUAACUGGCUGCGCCCCAGUCGUCCAGGAGGUGGUUGGAUCUGCCACUACCAAAGCCGUACGCCAUGAUGUAGGGUUUUGAAAUGUCUUGCUUCGGUCGGGACUGCAGAGUACACAGCUUUCAGAUGCGGAUGGGUGCUUGCGAGGCCGCACCGCAGUUGCACACCGGGAAAGGAGCUUACAGCGGACGUAGAGAGAAAAAGCCAACAACUCGGGCGGGAUAACUGGGUAAAUACCUCUUCGGGAUUACCCACAAGUCCAAGAUAGCGGACCAGAGGCAAUUCAGCACUUACACCGCGUCAGAAAACAGAGACAAGUUCGACGGGAACAAUGUCUGGCCACACACACCGAAGGGUAGUGACAUCGUUUUUCAACAAAAGAAUACCGCAUCACAGCACAGCACCCCUCGCCCUCCGCGGGGAGUGAGUUGAAGAACUUUCCCAAGAUACGGAGGGGGAUUGGC